AUGGGGGCAGACACUAGCAGCACUGUUUGCCAUCAGAUUGUUGAAGAGGACACAACCAGCGUGUGCUUGGACCGACAAGAACGCGACAAAUUUGCACAGUCGAUGGCCCGUGACGGUCAUACGAUGACUUUUCAGAAUCUUGACGGUGGAUUAGACAAGGAGUACGAACGUCCCGGUCGCGCGGAAGACGACGACAUAUAUGACUGGAUUCGGAAAUUAUAUCGCGAUUCACGGGGUGCAGAGCUGCCGGGUAUGGUGAAUCCCAGUGUUCUUGAAUGUAUGUUCUGCCAGCAAACCGUGGCAUGGGAGCCGGUUGCUACCAAAUAUAUCGACAAGGUAGCUAGAGCCGUUGAUAAUUUCAAUCAGACAAUCUUCGACAAACUGAUGGGCGACGGAUAG